AUGGCGGAUGACCACAAUUUCCACGCGACCAAAAGUCAAUUUGAAAAGCGGUUGAAGAACUGGGGUUUCAGAAGAUAUAAAACGUCUGACGACUGGAGAAAAGUCGCUACAAAGGUUGAGAAGCGGAGACAAAACCAGAAAAACAGUGCAGUUGAGUAUAAAGGCGUCCCUAUUCCGCCCGAAACUCUCCGUAAAGAGAUGUCCCGCAAUGCUACUUUGACUGAAUUGAGUCAAGCCACAAAUGCACAGACCCCGGCAAUUCCUGAAGGUUUUGCCAUAUUUACACCUCUUCCGAUGAAUGAUCAAUCAAUGAGUGUUGAGUCCAACCAUAGCUUAGAAGAGGUCGCGACACCUGCAACUGCACAGCCUGCUUUCAGUCUCCCUCCAAGCUUUGAAGAACCCAACGCCUUUGGUCAAGAAGAGGAUUUGCCUGUGGAUGCUGCAAUUUUAACGGAAGAAAUCCUGCAUCUAUCACCGUCACCUGCGGCACUUCUCUCCUUUAUUGGAAAUGGUAUGAUCGCGCUCAAAGCACCCUUCCCUAGCGCAGGACCCUACCAAGCACAACCCGCUAGGGAGCAAAUUGAGCAAGAAAUAUUGCCUCUGCUGCAACGGAUCCACAGAGCCGAGACGUCAGAGACAAUUUUCAGCACUAUGACCGAUGUAUUCAGAGGCGAUGCUCUGCACUUUGAUACAGCAGAGCUUCGGUUUGAGGAGCCACCAUAUACCACUGCGAGAUUCGUGGCAUUCAUUGUAUUCCUGCUCGAAGCUCCGGCGUCGCGAUUAUUCCAGGAUCAUGAGGAUCAGAUCAAACCUCUGGCGUUCCUCAAAAAGGCAAUACUGUUACUCGAACAUUUGAUCGACAGGUAUUAUACGGAAAGGGUCAAGCGAAAGAUCAUCCCGCGAUAUGUUGAUGAUUUCAUGGGGCCCGACCCGCCGGCUAUGAUUUCCAUUGUAAACCACAUAAUGGACGAUAUGCAAGUUAUGGAAGAGAUAGCUACGGCUUGUGUGGAAGAACCUCUCUUGGUAGAAAUCCUCAGAUGGACAUUCGUAUAUGAGGAUUUAUGCGUGGGUUACUUGGAUCUCGAGGUAGUGUAUCCCUGA